ACUCGUGAUACACAUAAUGCUUCAAGGUUCAAUAUUUUUUAUAGUAGAAUCUUGUUCUAUAUUUCUUCACCGAUUUUGCGGAUGGAGAAACAUGUAGAUGUGGCCAUUGUUGGCGGAGGGAUAUCUGGUUUAUCUGCGGCAUAUCACCUCUACAAAAAGGACCCGUCAUUGGAAGUAUGUGUUCUGGAGGCGAAAGAUCGGGUAGGCGGACGAACACUGACCCUGCCUCUCCAGGGUAAAGACGGCACAGACUACUGGGACCUGGGCGGACAGUGGGUGUCCAGAUCGCAGAAAGACAUCAUGAAUUUGUUGAAGGAACUCGAACUGGAAACCUACCCACAGUUCACCACGGGGACAAAGGUUAUGCAGGUUGAGAGUGCACAGGUCAAAAGCUACAAGUCCGAUAUCCCGUCACUUUCACUCAUCGCCCUUAUUGACCUACAAUUCUUCAUUAUGAAGGUAGAGAGACUCCAAAAGGAGAUCGACCACAGAGACCCGUAUAAUUGCAGUAGAGGCGAGGAAUGGGACACCAAAAGUUUAGAGACCUUCCUGAAGGAAUCAUUAUGGACGCAUGGUGCUUACGAGACAAUUGCGGCCGCCAUUCGUACGACCGUUACCAUGGAACCGUCUCAGAUGUCGACGCUUUACUUCCUCAGUUUGGUGGCAUCAGCUGGCGGCCUAAUGACCCUUGUUGAGGCAAACGAAGAUGCCGCUCAGGGUUUGAAGGUCAAGGGUGGAACCCAGCAGAUUUCAAAGAUUUUAGCGGAGAAAGUCGGCACAGAAAAUGUGUUGUUAGAUCAUCCUGUUGAGGCGGUCAUACAGAGUGAGCGAUGUGUUCAACUUAAAUGCAAGAACGGACUGACAGUGUGUUGUAAGCGAGCAGUGAUGGCCGUGCCUCCAAUGCUUACAAGGAGAAUACAUUUCGAGCCGCAGUUGUCAAUGGAGCGGCGAGAGAUAGAGAAGUGGAUGCCUUUCGGAAACUAUAUUAAAGUUAUUACAACGUAUACGAAGGCGUUUUGGAGGUCUAAUGGUCAGUCAGGAGAGGCCGUUACGUAUGGCGGGCCCAGUGACGUAACCGGAUGUGACGUAGGCCCACUUUCUAUUGUGUUCGAUGCCACAUCUCCCAGAGGAAGUCCUGCGCUUGUGUCAUUUUUGUCAGGAGAUCAGGCGAUACAAUGGGGGAGACAGGAUGCUAAGGUGAGACAAACAGCAGUACUGAAGUCGUUGACAUGGUUUUUCGGCCCGGAAGCGGAAAACUGUCUCGAUUACUUUGAGAAGGACUGGAGCAAAGAGCUGUAUAUUGAGGGGAUUGUGGCAGCAGUUAGUACCGGAGCAAUGAGGAACUUCGCUUCCGGUCUCCGUGAGCCGCAAGGGAGAUUACAUUUUGCCGGGUCUGAGAGCGCUACCGAAUGGGACGGAUAUAUGUCUGGGGGAGUACAGGCUGGUGUCCGAGCAGCCACUGAAGUCUUGUAUCAUCUCCGGCCUGGCGCUGUCUCCAGUACGGAACUGUCUGGGACCGCCUACAGCCAUUCAUACAAACCACCAAGACAUCUAAGAAGAAAAAAUGAACAAUCUUACUUGACCCGAACUUUGACCUUAACACUUUUUGUGGGCGUGGUAGCGCUGUUAUACCGGAUGUUUGUUUCCGGAAGCUAGUGAAUGACCACUAUCAAUUACCAAUACUUCCGUAUUAAGUAACUCGAGGGAGAUGUAGGCAAUAUGUUCUGAA